AUGGCAUCCGACGAGAUAACCUGGCAGAUCAUCAACCAGCAACACUGCUCUUACAAACUCAAACUCGACAACCGUACUCAAAACUUCUGCCGAAAUGAACACAACCUCACUGGUUUCUGCAACCGACAGUCAUGUCCUCUAGCCAACAGUCGUUAUGCCACCGUGCGACCUGAUCCAGCAACUGGCAGCCUCUGCUUGUAUAUCAAGACACCCGAGCGAGUACACCUACCUAGUCAGUGGUGGGAACGAAUUCAAUUGCCAAACAAUUACGAGAAAGCACUGGCGAUAAUUGACGAAAAAUUGAUCUAUUGGCCUAAAUUCUAUAUACACAAAUGCAAGCAGCGACUUACGCGACUGACUCAAGUGGCGAUCAGGGAGAGGCGGAUAGCUAAAGAGGAAGAACGGCUUGGAGAGAAGUUGGUGCCGAGACUGGCGCCGAAGAUCAAGCGGAGAGAAGAGACACGAGAAAGGAAAGCGGAGAGCGCAGCCAAGGUUGAGAGAGCGAUUGAAAGAGAAUUGAUCGACAGACUGAGGAGUGGUGCUUAUGGAGAUAGACCACUGAACGUUGAAGAAGGUGUGUGGAAGAAGGUGCUUCGAGGCUUGGAGAGAGCCGAGAAGGGCGAAGAGGUUGAAUUCGAAGACGAAGAAGAGGAAGAGGUAGAGAGAGAAGUCGAGGUCGAGUAUGUCGAUGAUCUGGAAGAGAGUGAUGCUGAAGAGAUGGAGGACUUUGAUGAUUGGCUUGGUGGUGAGAGUGCUGAUGAGGAAACAGAAGGCUCAGAAGUUUCUGGUGAUGAAGGCAGCGAGGAGGAUAGCGAGGAUGGCAGUGAGGAGAAGGACGAAGAAGAAGAGGACACAAAGCCUACGCCAGGCGCGAAGAGGAAGAGACCUGCCCCCCAACAGAAACCACGUAAGAGAGGCCCAAAGAUGGAAAUCGAGUAUGAGAUGGAGCCACCUCUACGUGAAGCACAAUUGGCUUUCUGA